AAAAAAAUGAAAAUAAAUGCACAAAUAUUCUCUUAUUUUUAUUCAACAAUAUCUUGUUAUAUUUAAAAAAAAUUAUGUGUGAUCUCUUUCUUUAAAAACAAUUAAAUUAAAAGAUGUGCCCGUUUAAAUCCAGUUUGUUUAAAUCAGUCGAUUCUAUCAUAAUGCCGCUCGUGCAGUAGAUAAGUAUUUAAAAAUAAAAUUUUAAUUGUUUAAGAGUUAAUAAGUAUGCACAGGUAAUUACAAAAAAAAGAAAUGCACAAAUAUUCUAUUAUUUUUAUUCAACGGUAUCUUGUUUUAGUUUUAUAUUUAAAAAAAAAAAAUGAUGUGUGAUAUUUUUCUUUAGAACACUUAAUUAAAAUGAUUGAUUAUCUUUUAACAAACUGCGUGAAUUCCGUCCCCGCACACAAUUAAGGUGCAAAAUACUGACUUCGAAAACUUGGUUUCGUUUUGCUGUUCAACUAUACUUAGGAGAGGGCGCUGGAAUAGGUUGAAGCCCUCCUAAGCCUGCAAACUCUCAUCAAACCAUUCGCAUCUUCGCUAUCGGAGUGUUAUGACUUCGCCAGGUAGUCCGCGACGGUGCGCGCCGGUCGCCAAGUAAACAAAACGGAGCAGCUGAUUGUGACGCUCGCAUAGGAUGAGGAAGAAAACAAAAUAAAAAAUUAGUUUAAGGAAGGAGAGAGACUAAAUAAUAAUGAGGAGGCGUGCCUCAGCCAAAAAUGACAACUGAAAGCACGUGUUGACAAGGUAUACUUGACAUGAAGAAAGAAGUGUUGAAAAGAUUCCGAGAAACGCCUAAAUACAAAAAGAGCAAAAAACAUACAGUUAGCGUUAUUAAAACAAAUAUCUGUGAUAUAACUGAAGGACAUAUGGAUCCUUCAUAUUCAAAGAAUACUCCAGAAUUAAGUUAUAACGUCCACUCUAGAACUAAAUUUCAUUCUCCUAAUUCCAAUACCAGCAUGCCACCGUCUGGUACUUAUUAUCCGAAUUCCAAUUCGAGUGAAGUCAAAUUUAAAAGCAGUCCCGCUGCUGUUGGAAGCAGUUCGGCUGAAGUCAGACUUAGGAACGAUUCAGGCGAAGUCGGCAGCAGGAAUUGCCAAAAAAUUCCUGACCCAAGAGAGGGUGGUUCAAGUGAUAAGAAAAAUUCUAAGAAGCGAACUCCAACUUGUGCAAAAUGUAAGAAUCACGGUUGUUGUUAUACACUUCAGUAUCAUAAAAAGUACUGUCCGUUCAAAAAAUGUCCUUGUCAGAAAUGCAGGCUUGUUGAUGAAAGACGAAGGAUUAUGGCACAACAAGUAGCUUUGAGACGACAGCAAGAGCAGGACCAAAAGCUCGGUAGAACAGAUUCUUUUUCCCAAGAAGUUAUGACGAAUCCUGGAUUAUCGCCGUCGUCGGGGAUAAUAACACCCAAAUCGUCUGCUUUUACACCUACUCAAGGUAAAUACAUUUUAAUAAAAAUCACCUAAGGCCAAUUUUCUUCUCUUUUAAAAAAAAAUCGAAUUUCAGUACGUAAAUUGUUGAAAUAUUAAUAGUGAACCAACAAUGAUAUUCAUAUUUUUUAUUUCAUACCGUAACAAAAAGUUAGAAAAGUUGGUUAAAAAAAAUUACAUAAAAUGCGAUCACUAUUUAAAAUGCAUAUACAGAUAAGAAAAUGGGUUAAGUAAAAAUGAUUGAUCAAUUACUGUAUAAAAUAUACAACUGUUAUAUCGUGAUCAGAAAUUUAAAAAAAAUAAAAAUAGAUUACAAUUAUUGUUUAAAAUACAUUUCUAUGCGGAGAAGAAAAAAAUUU